UCCAAUUUGAAAUUUAAUGAUAGUUGUUGAUUUGCAGCAUCUGAGGUCAGGAUGAUUCUGGUGGGAAAGAUUGGAACAGGAAAGAGUGCGACAGGAAACACCAUCCUGGGACAGGAAGUGUUUUAUUCAGAAAUUUCACCUAAACAGGUCACGACAGAGUGCAGUAAACAAUUUGCACAGCAAGGAGGAAGAAUCAUCUCUGUAAUUGACAUGCCAGGGUUUUGUGGAUCAAUGACUAAAGAAGACAUGAAGGCAAAUAUAAAGCAGUGUGUUGAUCUGUCAGUUCCUGGUCCUCAUGUGUUUCUGCUGGUGAUCAAUCUGGGUGUGAGAUAUACAGCAGAGGAGGUGAACACGGUCAAACUGAUUCAGGAGAACUUUGGAGGAGAUGCUGUGCGCUACACCAUCGUUCUGUUCACUCACGCCGAUCAGCUGAAACGUAAAACUUUGCAACAGUAUGUAGGAGAAUGUCAGCCUCUAAAGAGUCUUACUGACAGCUGCGGGGGCAGAUACCACGCAUUCAACAAUGAAGACAUGAUGAAUCGCACUCAGGUCGCUGAACUGAUGGAGAAGAUUGACAGAAUGAUAGAAGAAAAUGGAGGAAACCAUUACACUAAUGAAAUGUUUAAAGAAGCUCAGAACAAGAUUCAAAGAAAAGAGAUGACAAAAAAGGCAAUUGAUGUUGCACUGGGUGUUGGAUCAGCUGUAGGAACAGGAACAGCAAUAGCAGGUGGUGUCGUUUUGGGAGUAACAGAGGUUGCUGUGGCUUUACCUGCCGUUUUAAUUGCAGCUGGUGCUGCAGCUGGAGUGGGAAUGGGUGUGAAACUUGUUGUGGACAAGGUCAAGGACGACAGAGAGAAAAAGAACAAAUAGGCUAAAAAUAGCAACCUCUUUUCAACAUGUACCCACUACCCAGCCAACAUUUCC